CAAGUCCCAGCACCCGGCCCGCGCCUCUGGCUUCCGCCGGGUCAGCUGACUACUUAAGUGCGGAACUGCACGCCCCGCCGUGCUGCCCGCAGCCGCCGCGCUCCGCGCUCAGUGCUCGGCUCUCGGUGCUCCGCGCCUGCACUCGGUGCUCCGCGCCUGCACUCGGUGCUCCGCGCCUGCACUCGGUGCUCCGCGCCGCGCGUCCGCCCAGUCGUCAUGGCUGGGCUCGUGGUCAGUGGAACUCAAGUGUCCUACAUAGGCCAGGACUGCAGAGAAAUUCCAGAGCACCUUGGCAGGGACUGUGGACAUUUCGCAAAGAGGCUCGAUCUGAGCUUUAACCUUCUGAGGUCACUGGAAGGACUGAGCGCGUUCGGGAGCCUGGAGGAACUCAUCUUGGACAACAAUCUGCUCGGGAACGACCUCGUGUUGCCAGGGUUACCCAGGCUCCAUACCUUAACCCUCAACAAGAACCAGAUAUCUGACUUGGAGUGUCUGCUUGAUCACCUAGCAGAAGUGACACCAGCUUUGGAGUACCUCAGCCUACUGGGUAACGUGGCCUGUCCCAACGAGCUGGUCAGCUUAGAAAAGGAUGAGGAAGACUACAAGAGAUACAGAUGCUUUGUUCUGCACAAGCUGCCCAAUUUGAAGUUUCUGGAUGCCCGGAAAGUAACCAGACAAGAACGAGAGGAAGCUUUGCUCAGAGGGUCGUUCAUGAAGGUGGUGAAGCCCAAGAUUCCAGAGGCAGCCGACAUCACCAAACAAAGGACAACAAAUGAACUGUUUAUAAUAUCUUGGGUUCCUGCCCAUUCAACAUUUUCCACCUUCAUGUACGCAUGCCCUUUCUAGGACAGAUUGGUAUUUCUCCUGCAACCCCUGUUCUUGACAAGGGAAGCUCUGCAUUGUCCCAGUAACUCUGAAGGGGCACUAAAUACAAUACCCACAUGUGUGCUCACCACUGCCCUAAAACUCUUUGUAUUCAGAUCUGUGAGUCCUCACACAACCCCCUGAAAUGUAGGAGGAAGGGAGCAUUGGCUGACUCUCUAGGUGGGGUAACUGAGGCCUAGAGGUGUUAAUUGGGCAACCCAGCUAAGUUAAUUGGGCAGCCUGGUUAGUAAGAGCUGGGACUGGAGCUUGACCGGUGUGUUUGACCACAGAAGCCACAUCCUUCGACUGGGAUCUUACCCCUGGAACCAGUGAGCCACCCAUUUUCCCCGUGCAUUUCUCUGUUCCAAAUAAAAGCCUCCUAAGAAGGCCUAAAGGAAGAAAACAGGUAAAAGCUGCACGGCGCUCUUGGGGUCGAGAUGGCAGCCAGGACUGAAAUCCCGCCUGGCCUUUGAAAGCAAGUGGGAAGGGCUCCUUAAAAUCCAGUAGUAGCCGGCUCUCUGAGUCAUGAGCAGCAUGAGCAGACAUGCUUUUCAAAGCUCCAAAUUAGUUUCUAAUCAAUUAUAGAAUUAGUUUAUGUUUGUGUGAUUGACUCCCACAUCUUUACUAAUGGUGUUAAGCUUAAAAAUACCCAUUAAUUAGUUGAGGAGAGACAAAAGAUACUCUGACAAAGCAUGGGGAUCUUCAGUUGUUAUCUUUUUGGAGAGUCACAUGAUUUCCACACUGGAGAGGACUUCAGAAAUCACCUGCCGUGUGCCGUCGUUUGAUGGGUGAAGGAACCGAGCGAGGAGGUUGUGUCUGGAGGCCCCCAUGGUCUGGUGGAGGCAGAGCUGGGAUCAGAACCCAGGGGCCCAGGCUCCCGGUGAAGUGCUGUAUCUACGCCCUGGUGCUUCACACGCACAGGACUUACUUCUCUGUGCCCCUGCUUUCACAUCACACUGUAUGCUUCUCUCCAGUGCCAGGCUGCUCCCCCCCGGCCUGUUCUCAGAGAUACGCAUUGGUACUUUUCUUGCGGAGAGAGAUAAUAAACUGGUUAAUAAACUGGUGUUAAAAAGGCUGGUUCUCGCCUGCUCACAGUGUGUGCAGACGUCUGUUUGUUCCUGUGCAGGUGUGUAUAUAUGCCCUCGAUCUCUGUGUGUGUAUACAUAUGUAUGUUGUGGGAGGUCUGUGUACACCCGGAGUCGGCUUUUAAGUGGAGAGCAAUUUCCUCCCUGUGAAUUGCCGAUGCUGUGCUGAGCACGCUUGGUGAAGACCAAUUUUUCAUCACAGAAUCGGAAUCUCAAGUUGGCUUCUGUCCUUUCUUAGGCUGCAGUGGCCUGUUGUGCUUAUUCAGCAGAAUGCUCUGAUGGAUGAUCCAGGAG